ACAGCCCACGCUUGAUGGAAAAAAUUCUUCAGAUGGCCGAAGGUAUUGAUAUUGGGGAGAUGCCGUCAUAUGAUCUGAUGCUGCCCAAACCUUCCAAAGGCCAAAAACGCUACCUUUCAGCCUACGAUGAGUAAAGCUUCUGUCAACUUUGUUCGGUGAAGCUUCUUUUUGCAGUGGGAAGUGAUUACUGCAGAGACUCAUACAUGAUCAAAAUGCUGAAGAUUGUCAGUUAGAGAAAUUGCCCAUGAGACCCCGGGACCGGUCUCGCGUGAUUGAUGCUGCCAAACAUGCUCAUAAGUUUUGUAACACAGAAGAUGAGGAGACUACCUAUCUUCGGAGGCCUGAGGGCAUUGAACGUCAGUACAGAAAGAAGUGUGCAAAGUGUGGACUGCCGCUCUUCUACCAGUCCCAGCCAAAGAAUGCUCCUGUGACCUUCAUCGUGGAUGGAGCCGUAGUGAAAUUUGGCCAAGGCUUUGGGAAAACCAAUAUAUAUACCCAGAAGCAGGAGCCUCCUAAGAAGGUUAUGAUGACCAAACGGACUAAAGACAUGGGCAAGUUCAGCUCUGUUACUGUGUCUACCAUUGAUGAAGAAGAAGAAGAGAUAGAGGCUCGGGAAGUUGCUGACUCCUAUGCACAGAAUGCCAAAGUGAUUGAAAAACAGCUGGAGCGCAAAGGCAUGAGCAAGAGGCGACUGCAAGAGCUGGCUGAAUUGGAAGCCAAGAAAGCAAAAAUGAAGGGGACCCUGAUCGACAACCAGUUCAAAUAAUCUGGAUCUUUUUGUGUUCAGACUGGAGGCUAGCACUUAGAUCAAGAUGAAAUAGCUUCUUGAUUUCAUGGUCUAGUUUCUAUGUCCCAGGAAAAGAUUGUCUGACCAUCCCAUUGAUUUUUCCUACAUUGUUCUUCUUUUCUUUCAUUGAAGUCCUUGACUCCAUUUCA